AAAAUCCAUUCCAAGGGUCCUACUACGCCCCGGUAGUUGUUAAAUAAAUAAAAAAAACCAAAAACCAGUGAAAAUGAAAAUGUAAGAGAAAUGCACAGUCAACAUGAUGUCAAUGAUUGAAUUUCUGUCAAAACGUGUUACUUAAUUAGGCGAAGGUACCACAAGCCACGACGAUUCCUUUUUUAAAUGUUGAAUUACGAAGUGUCACGCAAAACACGCCAGGAUAAGUAAAUCUCUAUCUUUCUGGAAAGCGCGCAGAAGCUUAAAGGUUUUUUUUCAGAUGUGUAUAUUGCUAGGUGUUUCAGGUUUCAUAAUACUUCUUCUCAGCAACAGCUCAAAUAGAUUUGCAUGUCAAAAUUCAUCAAGUUGAUGUUGCACUGGAGUUUUAUUCAGAAUGGGUAAUAAGGAUUCGAGGGAUUUAAAUUCUAGGCGUGAAAUUCCAGGAUCAUCGGAGUCCAGAAUUAACACUCUGAAUAUAGGUCCUCAUCAUAAGCGCCCACAAAAUUUCCUGCAUAUAACAGAUCAGUACAGAACCCUUGAUCAGGUAAUAGCUGCCCUGAGAGAAUUUGGGCUUGAGUCGUCGAACUUGAUUCUUGGAAUUGACUUCACCAAGAGUAAUGAGUGGACUGGGAAACACUCUUUUAAUAGGCGAAGUUUGCAUGAGAUUGGGAACAUACCAAACCCAUAUGAGCAAGCAAUUUCAAUCAUUGGACGAACUCUUUCUCCAUUUGACGAAGAUAAUAUGAUCCCUUGUUUCGGCUUUGGUGAUGCAUCUACGCAUGACCAUUCAGUGUUCAGUUUCUUUCCGGACUUUCGACCUUGCCAUGGGUUUGAAGAGGCUCUUACACGGUAUAGGGAGAUUGUUCCACAUUUGAGACUGGCUGGACCAACAUCCUUUGCGCCAAUUAUUGAUAUUGCGAUGGGGAUUGUGGAGAAGAGUGGUGGACAAUAUCAUGUUCUUGUCAUCAUUGCUGAUGGGCAGGUGACAAGGAGUAGUGAUACACAAAGUGGGUCCUUCAGUCCACAAGAACAAAAAACAAUUGAUGCUAUAGUUGCUGCGAGUAAAUUUCCUUUAUCAAUAGUGUUAGUUGGAGUUGGAGAUGGACCAUGGGAAGCAAUGCAGCAAUUUGAUGAUAAUAUCCCUAGUCGAGUAUUUGACAAUUUUCAGUUUGUGAACUUCACAAGUAUCAUGUUUAAAAAUAUGUCUACAUCUGAGAAAGAGGCAUCAUUUGCACUAGCUGCACUUAUGGAGAUUCCAUUUCAAUACAAGGCAACACAAGAGCUUCAGCUUUUGGGUCGUCCUGUGGGUAAGGCUCCAGAAGUAUUUCCAUUGCCGCCUCCACUCCCAGUAAUUCAACAUGACACUGCUAUGCAAACAUAUCCGCACUCCACUGGUAUUCAGUUUCACACUCCUCAAGGCACUCCACAUGGACCAUCUAACUUAGAAAGCCAGGAGCAGGCUUGCCCAGUUUGCUUGACAAAUCCCAGAGACAUGGCUUUUGGUUGUGGACAUACGACAUGUAGAAGUUGUAGUGAGAAUCUGUCCACAUGUCCUAUAUGUCGGACACCAAUAAGCACACGUUUGAGGCUGUAUUCGGUUUAAAGUGAUGGUGAACUUUGGGAAAGUGCCACAUUACUUCUCAGGGAAUUUGGUGGUAAGAUUGAUGAGACAGCAUCCUACGACAACAGACAUGUGGAUCCCACGUCAGAUGAUUAUUUCUGUGGCAAUUAGACUCACUUUUGUGAAGAGAUUGUUUCCUCAAACAACUUAAGCAUGUGUGACACCUUGAAUGCCCAAGGUCAUCAUAGCACGACUUUAUUGUUCUGUUUUGUAUUUACAUUGUGAUAAAUCGUAAACUUUCAUCUUCAUGUAGAGUAUGUGUAAAACAUGUACAUUACAAGUUAUUUUCCUUGAUUCAUUUCUAUUUA